GGCCAAGUCACUUAGCAUCAUCACGCCAGCAGCCGAGACGCUACAGAGAUCUCUUUCAUGGUGCUUCUUUGUGUCUGGGGCUCAGAUCAUCAAAACCCCGCCUGGACUCUUGAGGAGCUCUUUCAUUUCCCUCAGCUUCUUCCAUCCCCUCUAAACCAGCAGUCAUGAAUUGGGGUGGACUGGAGGCGCUCAUCAGUGGGGUCAACAAGUACUCCACUGCGUUUGGUCGGGUCUGGCUGUCAAUGGUAUUAGUCUUCCGGGUGAUGGUGUUCGUUGUGGCAGCUCAGCGGGUUUGGGGUGACGACAGCAAAGACUUUACCUGCAACACUUUGCAGCCUGGUUGUAGCAACGUGUGCUACGACCACAUCUUCCCCAUCUCUCACAUCCGCCUGUGGGCCCUGCAGCUCAUCUUUGUCACCUGUCCGUCACUGAUGGUUGUUGGACACGUCAGGUAUCGGGAGAUGAAGGACAUGAAGUACACUGCCUCCCACAAGGGUACCCAUCUGUAUGCCCACCCUGGGAAGAAACGUGGAGGACUAUGGUGGACGUACUUGGUGAGCUUGAUUUUCAAGGCAGGCUUUGAUGCUGGCUUCCUCUACAUCCUGUAUUACAUCUACGAGGGUUACGACAUGCCACGCUUGGUCAAGUGUUCCCUGGAGCCCUGCCCCAACACGGUGGACUGCUACAUAUCCCGUCCCACAGAGAAGAAAAUCUUCACCCUCUUCAUGGUGGUCAGCUCUGCUGUCUGCAUCUUCAUGUGUAUCUGUGAGAUGGUUUAUCUCAUCUGCAAACGCUUCCAGAAACUCAUCAGGAAGAAGAUUGAGGCGGAUAGAAGGGUGUUCGUAGAGAGUCAUGAGAUGGCACCACUGGCGCUUCCCAGAUCUGAGUUCAGGUCCAAAUUAUCCAUCAGAACUGAUCCCACAGCUUCUGUCCAGAACCUCAAUAACCUCAAGACUGAGGAGGGUCCAAGUAAGAGGGAAGAACUAAAGAAAUGAAGGGUAUGGCUGUGGCUAUGCUAAAAAACUAAUCGGAGUACUCAAGGAACCCAUGUAAAUAAACUCACAUAUCAGACUCUAUGGAGAAUGGCUGCUGAACACCAAAGAGAUACCCACCACUUCAGGGACAGCAAUUUGGAAAUGCUAUUAUGUUAAAUAUAUUCUGCUGCAUUGAAACGUGUUGCUAUGUUACAAGAGUUAAAGGGAAGGAUAAAAGGUUACAAGUUAGCCUAUUUCUUCCUGGUCAUGUGUGCUGGAUUUGCAUGAGUAGGCCUGUGCGUGCCUGUUUUUUUCUUUUUCUUCUGUUUUCUUAAAUGUAUGUGUCAUUGACCAUAUAGCAGAUUUAAGAUCACGUAAUACAGAUGUAUACGGGAUGGAGUGAUCCCUCUUAACUAAACAUGCACACUGCCCCCUAAUGAAUAAAACAAGGUAAAGCAGAGCACUUCCUUUCAACAACAGAAACGCCUUGUCUUCAGAUAUAGAAUAUGAAAAAACUGCUCUUUAUUGUUUUGCAUUUUAUGUUGACACACUAUGAUUAGUUCAAUGAAAUUAUAUUGUAUGAAUACAACAUAGCUUUAUUGAGGUAAUGAUAUUUAAUAAUAAUUGUUAAGACGCAUGAAAUGCCCAAAAAUUACACAUCAAUUGUGUUUUAUUUUAUUUAAGGUUUUAUUUGAAAAAGAAUAAAGUAAAAUUGUAGAUAAUGUAUUUUUCAUUUUGUAUUUAUUGUUGUGACCAAUAAAAUUAUUUCACAAUA